UGAAGCGUCGUUGAGCAAGAUUCUGUCGGAGAAAACAGCAAUGUUUGUGUUGCCAUCUACCCACCACCACGAACCGUUGAACUACUAUCCUUUUCAAACUCCCCGCCACACCCUUAAACCCCCGAAGCCAUGCAUCAAUCUUCCCUACAAAAUCAGAGCCCCUCCAAAUCUAACAAUUCUCCAUCAAAUAACCCCAAAAUCUCAAUCAUCCCACCACUCCACCAACAUAGUCAAGACCGAUGAUGAUCGGACCACCAAAUCUCAACAAACCAAGACCCAGGACGAUGGCAUCCCCGUCGAUGAUGUGAAAAUCAUUGCUAAAUUCAAGUCAAGAUACAACUACAUUCGCGUCCUUGAAGUCUCUCGGAAGGCAGACCAUCCUUUCGCUGGCUCCAGACUCCUCCUGCUAGAUGCUCCUGGAAACAUCCACAGCAUAUCUUUCCUCUUCAAAUCUUUCACCAAAACUUACUUUGAUGUCUUUGCCACUUUGCCCCCACUUUUACCACCAGGACCUAUCGCAAUUUUGGGGUUUGGGGCAGGUUCUGCUGCCCGUUUGAUACUAGAAUUGUACCCGAAUGCGGUGGUACAGGGAUGGGAGCUUGACCCAUCUGUGAUUGCAGUGGGGAGAGAGUUUUUCGGCCUGUCAAAACUGGAAAAACAAUACCCAGAUAGGCUUUUCAUUUACAUUGGGAAUGCAAUGAAUGCUAGCAUUAAAGAUGGGUUCUCGGGGAUUUUGGUUGAUUUGUUUUCUGAGGGGAGUGUGAUUACGGAGCUUCAAGAUUCCAACAAAUGGGAGAAGCUCAAAAGGUGUUUGAGGAAAGGCGGCAGAAUCAUGGUGAAUGUUGGGGGAAGUUGCGUGGAGGCCGAGAAUUCUCGGAGAGAUGGAAAGUUGAUUAUGGAGGAAACUUUGAAGGCAAUGCAAGUGGUUUUUGGUAACAAGCUCUCGGUAUUGAAUCUGGGGAGUAGAAAAGACGAUAGCUCGCUUGCUCUCACAGGGGAAUUACCGAAUCUCGACGAGUGGAAGAAGGCGGUUCAUGGGUAUUUGAGGCGCUAUGUUUAUAUGUGGAAACCAUUUAGCGGCUAGUGUCACAUUUGCCUUUUCUGUUGAAACCUGAAAUUUGUCCAAUUGAAAGACCUUCUACUUGUUUAUGCCAUGCAUUUCUAGACUUCUAGUGAUUCCUUGAUAUUGAAGUUUUGAUGUUUUUCCAGUACUAUGGUCCUAAAAACAGACAUCACACUAUCAUAUUAUUGUUAGGAAUUUAGACAGGAGAUGAACCCACAUUACAUGAGUCUAAGAA